UGGCUGUGUUAAUUUUUAGCCCACACCUUUAGAUCUCAGGUACAUCCCAAAUUCCUUUGCACAAGUUGCAACAUUACUUCAAAGAAGGUGGUGUUGUAGCCUCUGCAAAUAAUUUGGGACUUUUUUCUAGACUCCAAGAUGCCAGUGAACCCAGAAGUUGUUUUAAUAAGUUCCUUUCUUUAUAAGUGAAAACACGGCAAAAGCUUUCCAUUUUUGUGGGAUAUAUCUCAGUGCAACAAAUCAGCUCUACAUCAUUGCCAGAUUUUUCUUAAAACUGAUGAGGUACUGGAUUGGGAAUUGAGGUGGCAAGAAGGCUGCUCUGAGGAGGAAGACAGGAGCAAUACGAUAUUCAGAUCAGCUCUCAAAAUGUCUUCUGUGUCUUCCGUGCAUCUUCUAAGACAAUUGCAUUAGCCCGCCUGCUAGUUGACUAAUAGAAUUAAUAAUUGUAAAAAGCACUCUAAAGCCACAUGCCUUAUGAAGUCAAUGCUGGGUAUGAUUUUACAAAUAUGGUCCGGAAAAAGAAUCCCCCUCUAAGAAACGUUGCUAGUGAAGGUGAGGUACAGACCCUUGAGUCUACAGGUACUGAAAGUGAAGAGUCUGGAAGGAAAAAAGAAUUUUCCACAGAGCAGAUGCAAGAAAACACUGACCAGGGUGAUGCGGCAGAGUUAAAUAACAAGGAGGAACUUUGCACGCAUAUCCAAGAGCCAUCUUCCAGCAUUAAAAAGGACUUGAAAAGCUCAGUGCUGAGUGAAAAGGCUGGCUUCAAUUAUGAAAGCCACAAUAAGGGAGGAAAUGUUCCAUCCUUCCCUCAUGAUGAGGUGACAGACAGAAAUAUGCUGGCUUUCUCAUCUCCAGCUGCUGGGGGAAUCUGUGAGCCCUUGAAGUCUCCUCAAAAAUCAGAUGCAGAUGACACCCAAGAUGUGGUCUGUACCCCGUCAGGAGAUGCAGCAGAGACAAAUGAGGAGCAUCAGAUGUCGCCAAAAGCUUCAGAUGAAACAGUGCAAGUGCAAAGUGGUCAAACUGAUGGCCAAGGCUCUAGCCCGGUCCCCAUGGCCUCAAAAAACCCACAAGUGCCUUCAGAUGGGGGUUUAAGGCUGAACAAAUCUAAAACAGAUUUGUUGGUAAAUGAUAACCCAGAUACGGCGCCUCUGUCUCCAGAGCUUCAGGACUUCAAAUGCAACAUCUGUGGAUACGGUUACUAUGGGAAUGACCCCACAGAUCUCAUCAAACACUUCCGCAAGUACCACCUAGGACUGCACAACCGCACCAGGCAGGAUGCUGAGCUCGACACUAAAAUUUUAGCUCUCCACAACAUGGUGCAAUUCAGCCACUCCAAAGACUUCCAGAAAGUCAACCGCACUGUGCUUUCAGGAGUGCUGCAGGACAUCAAUUCCCAGAGGCCUGUCUUAUUAAAUGGGACUUAUGAUGUACAGGUUACUUUAGGUGGAACCUUUAUUGGAAUUGGGCGGAAAACUCCAGAUUGCCAAGGCAACACCAAGUACUUCCGCUGCAAAUUCUGCAAUUUCACCUACAUGGGCAACUCCUCCACUGAACUAGAGCAACACUUCUUACAGACUCACCCAAACAAAAUGAAAGCAGCCCUUCCCUCCUCUGAUUCUGGUAAAACUUCAGAGAAAAACUCCAAUAAAUCCAGUCCUACUCUUCGACCAUGUGAUUCUGGAGACUUGGGGAAGUGGCAAGACAGAAUCACUGUAAAAACAGGAGAUGAUACACCAGUUGGAUAUUCGGUGCCCAUCAAGCCAAUAGAUUCCUCUAGACAAAAUGGUACCGAUACAACCAGUUACUACUGGUGUAAAUUUUGCAGUUUCAGCUGUGAAUCGUCCAGCUCAUUGAAACUAUUAGAACAUUACAGCAAACAGCAUGGGGGAAGCCAGGCAGGAAGCCUUCACCCAGAUCUGAAUGAUAAGCUUUCUAGGGGAUCUGUCAUUAACCAGAAUGAUCUAGCCAAAAAUGCAGAUGGGGAGUUAGUGACAAAGACAGAAAAGGGUGCGAGUGUGGCAAAAAAGAAAGACUUGACUAGCAAAGGAGCAGAGGACAGCAUGGUGACAAGCUACAACUGUCAGUUUUGUGACUUUAGGUACUCAAAGAGCCAUGGCCCAGAUGUAAUAGUGGUGGGCCCACUUCUCCGUCACUAUCAGCAGCUACACAACAUUCAUAAGUGUACCAUUAAGCACUGUCAGUUCUGUCCCCGAGGCCUCUGCAGUCCAGAAAAGCACCUUGGAGAAAUUACUUACCCAUUUGCUUGCAGAAAAAGUAAUUGUUCCCACUGUGCUCUCUUGCUUUUGCACCUGUCUCCAGGGGUGACAGGAAGCUCUAGAGUCAAACACCAGUGCCAUCAGUGCUCAUUCUCCACUCCCGACGUGGACGUUCUCCUGCUUCACUAUGAGAAUGCACAUGAAGCCCAAGCAUCUGAUGUCAAACCAGAAACAAACACCCUGCCAGGGGCAGAGGGGCCACUGACGCUCAAGGAGAACAAAGAACACUCAUGUACCAAAUGUGACUUUACCACCCAGGUGGAAGAAGAGAUUUCCCGACACUACAGGAGAGUUCACAACUGCUACAAAUGCCGUCAAUGCAGCUUCACAGCUGUUGACACUCAGUCACUACUAGAGCACUUCAACACUGUUCACUGUCAGGAGAUGGACAUCACUACAGCCAAUGGGGAGGACAGUCAUGGCGUUUCAUCUAUCAAGGAGGAACCAAAAAUUGACCUUAAGGUCUACAGUCUGAUUAAUCCAGACCCCAAAAUGGGGGAGCCCAUAUCUGACAGCAUAGUGAAGAGGGAAAAGAUAGAAGAUAAGGAAGUGCUCAAGGAGAAAGGUUGGACUGACAGUCCCAGUGAUGAUCUUCGCAAUGUGACCUGGAGAGGAACAGACAUUUUGAGGGGAAGCCCAUCAUACACACAGUCCAGUCUAGGCUUAUUGACCCCAGUGUCUGUUGGCCAAGAGCAGCCAAAGCCUUUAAGGGAUAGUCCAAAUGUAGAAUCUGCCCAUCUUGCGCGGCCCAUUUAUGGCUUGGCGGUGGAGAGCAAGGGCUUCCUGCAGGGUGUGCCAGCUGGAGCAGCGGAGAAAACUGGGCAGCUCACUCAGCCCUACACAGGAUCCGGGGACACCAAGACAAAGGACGAAUCCCAGUCCUUAUUACGGAGACGUAGAGGCUCGGGUGUUUUUUGUGCCAAUUGCCUGACCACAAAGACCUCUCUCUGGCGAAAGAAUGCAAAUGGUGGAUAUGUAUGCAAUGCGUGUGGCCUCUACCAGAAGCUUCACUCGACUCCCAGGCCUUUAAAUAUAAUUAAGCAGAACAAUGGUGAGCAGAUCAUUCGGAGACGAACAAGAAAGCGCCUUAACCCGGAGGCACUUCAGGCUGAGCAACUAAACAAACAGCAGAGGGGUAGCAGUGAGGAACAAGUCAAUGGAAGCCCCUUAGAGAGGAGGUCAGAGGAUCAUUUACCUGAAGGUCAUCAGAGAGAAAUUCAGCUUCCCAGCCUCAGUAAAUAUGAGGCCCCAGGUUCAUUGACUAAAAGCCAUUCUGCUCAGCAGCCAAUAUUGGUCAGCCAAACUCUGGAUAUUCACAAAAGGAUGCAACCUUUGCACAUUCAGAUAAAAAGUCCUCAGGAAAGUACUGGAGACCCAGGAAACAGUUCAUCAAUAUCGGAAGGAAAAGGAAGCUCAGAGAGAGGCAGCCCAAUAGAGAAAUACAUGAGACCUGCGAAACACCCGAACUAUUCACCACCUGGAAGCCCUAUUGAAAAAUACCAGUACCCACUUUUUGGACUUCCGUUUGUACACAAUGACUUUCAGAGUGAAGCUGACUGGCUGAGAUUCUGGAGUAAAUAUAAGCUGUCUGUUCCUGGGAAUCCACACUACUUGAGUCAUGUGCCUGGCCUACCAAAUCCUUGCCAAAACUAUGUGCCUUAUCCCACCUUUAAUCUGCCUCCUCAUUUUUCAGCUGUUGGAUCAGACAAUGACAUUCCUCUAGAUUUGGCGAUAAAGCAUUCCAGACCUGGGCCAACUGCAAAUGGUGCCUCCAAGGAAAAGAGUAAGGCACCACCAAAUGUAAAAAAUGAAGGUCCCUUGAAUGUAGUAAAAACAGAGAAAGUUGAUAGAAGUACUCAAGAUGAACUUUCUACCAAGUGUGUGCACUGUGGCAUUGUCUUUCUGGAUGAAGUGAUGUAUGCUUUGCAUAUGAGUUGCCAUGGUGACAGUGGACCUUUCCAGUGCAGCAUAUGCCAGCAUCUUUGCACGGACAAGUAUGACUUCACAACUCACAUCCAGAGGGGCCUACACAGGAACAAUGCACAAGCUGAAAAGAAUGGAAAACCUAAAGAGUAAACCUUAGCACUUAGCACAAUUAAACAGAAAUAGGUUUCCUUGAUGGGAAUUCAAUAGCUUGUAAUGUCUUGUGAAGACCUAUAAAGCACUUCAUAUAGAGAGCAUGCCUUAUCCAAUAUUAAAUCCCUUGUUUUCUUCUUUUUUUUUUUUUUUGCUUUUUCGUCUUAAUUUUUUUUUCCUUUUAAAUGAGUGGGUUACCAAGAAAAAAAAGAACAGUGGAUGGUGGCCAGAAGGGGGAGAAGAUAAUAUAUGGGGCAUGGCCCACCAAAGCUAGCCAGAAUGCAGUGAAUCAUGGUGAAUAACCUUGAGAAAAUUUUACCGGACAAUUAAUACCUUUGCUAUUGUGUAAGAGACAUAACUGCAAGAGUGCAAAGAUGUGUAUAUGUAUAUACUGCUGCAGGGGUAUAGUGAACAUAUGCACACUGUAUAUAAGAACUAAACUUGUUAAAUAUACAGAUGUUGAAAGGUCAUUUCUUUUCUUUAAUUUGGGCUAAUUUCUGCCCUACAACAUGCCUUAGGAUCACUUUGUCAAAGCUUUUGCAACAAUUUCACCUAGGUGUUUCUCAGAGUCAGCUGAUUUUUAGCUACCAUUUUAUCACUACAUUCUUUCUGGCACACUUUAGUAUAGGCAAGCCAUUUUGUGCAAGUGAAGUCUCUAAUACAGAAGCCACACUCCGCGUUUAAUUUGCAUAGAACAAGGUAACCUGCUGUAUUUUAUUUUAAUAUAUUUUUAAUAUAUUACAUUUCUAAAUCUUAAAGUCUAAGGUUACUUCUCCACAGGCUUAACAUUGCUAUACAUACCAGUCAAUCCCUUCAGUAGACUUAUACCAGCUUUUGCUAAGUAGCAUUAAAUGUCUUCAUAGUACUUUUUAAUACUUAAAGCUUUGUAAAAUCUAUCCAUGAAGGGAAAGCUCCUCAGCAUAACUGCUCAGGGAAAUAGGGCUAAAUAACUAAAUAUUAAAUAAUUGGUUAAAGGUGCUGUUAGACGAGCCUCCAUGCUUGCUACAAGGGUGUACAAGAACUGACUUUAAUCAUUUUCAUUAUAGUGUCCCAACCAGUAGUUUAUUAUUUUGCCACAGGGAUGUAGAAGAUAUUACAAGCUACUGGAUGCACUGUCAGAUUAACUUAUUUCAUUAAAGAAGUUGGGAGAACAAAUAGAAAAAACCUUAUUUUUCUAGUAAAUAUUAAUGUAUUACAUUUCAAAUAAUGGUGCCUGACAUAUUGAAUAAUUAUUUUCUACAGUGUACGUAUGCAACAAAGAUAUUCCAUCAUGCAUUAGAGUCAGUUCUGGCUCUGCCUCGCUGUUUACAUUUGCAAAUGUAGCAAACAAGGUAAUGAAGCAACUAUUUCUAUUGCAGUAGGUAUCUUUUUUUCUGUGUGUGUGCAUUAAAGUUGUAAACGAUAACAUGAAAUGAAUGAAAUUUGUUGAUAUUAAUGGUAUGGAAAAACAAGAAGGAAAUGAAAAUAUUUUUAUGCCUACUUAGGAAAAAAAGGGUAGCACUAUUCAUUCCAAGUACUUUUGUAUUCUUAAGCUCUUAACUCACAUUGUUAUGCUUAAAAUGAUAAACAUAUAUCCUCUUUUUAUUGCUUUGUCUGUGUUUCAGAAGAAACAUUUCAGAAAUUAUUUUGAUAAGUGCUGUUUGACGAUGCAGCACUGAUGUUUUAUUGCAUUCUGUAGUAGCAUUGCACUCUCAUUUUUACAAUAUUACGCAGUUGCUUUUUUUGUUUUGUUUGGGUUUGUUUCUUUUUCGCAGUGCAGGGUCUUAGUUCCUUAUGGCUGGAUGGCAGGUGUAGCUCAGCUGGUUCAUGAAUGUUGCAGCGAAUGAAGUUUAAAAUGUCUUUCAGAUAUUAUGUUGUCUUUUAUUUCUCCAUUCAUGCAUUUUAUUGUUUAAAAUGUUCUAUAAAAAUAUUUCUGGACUAAAUCCUCACUUGAGGUUAUAUGUAAAGGGUCCUAUUCUGAUCUCACUUACAUGCCGUCUUUCUCAGAUUUUCAUGUAAUUGAAACUAAAGCAUCACAAAAAAAUGUUCUUGUAUUUAACUUACCUGAAUCUCACCACUCUCCCUUCUAGAAUUUGGUGCACUUAUAAGAUACUUAACCAGAUAGACAGGGAGGUGGAAGAUAAAAGAAGAGGUGAUAGGAAAUGUCUUAUAGGGGUUGGCAAAAGGACAAACGGGGAGGAACUAGCCUAACCGUUCAGCACUUUGAUAGUCUUUUGAAAAGUAAUGUGCCUAAAGCAACCAGCAACAAACAUCAUCAUGCAUGAGAAGCACUUACACAGCUGAUCACCAAAGGUCUUGCUGACCUUGGCAGUAUUUUACGUGUUACAUUUUCAUACGGAUGAAAUGUUAUUGCACAGUUUCUCUGAUUUGUUAGGCACAGGCAGGCUAUUGUUCAGCAUUAGGCUUGCAUUCCUUCCUGCUCCACCCAUUGCUUCUAUACUGGUGAGCAGCAUAUGGAAAGUCCCACUCAAUCUGUUUGUGGUUGAGUUCUAUAACCCUUGAAUAGUGUUCUAGGUUAGCAAAGGAUAUUGGGCCACAUUCUUCGACUAUUUUUUAGA